AUGCACUGAUGUUCAAGGAGACAGGUCAAAUUGGUACUGAAUCGUUGAGAACUGAGCUCUGAGGAAAGACGGUGAAGGCCAGCCGUUAGAAAGUAGGUUCCAGAAUCAUCAACACCAAUUGCUUAUCGGUCUGUGCAUGCACUUACCGGCUCAGGGGGCCCAAAACUCAUGUCAUCAUUUCCUCUGUAUUUGUCUUCACAUAAGAAGCUCACAUGGAUCUGUUGCUCUCCAUUUUUUCCAGUGUACGGGCAUUGGUUUCCAACAACGAUUAGUAACAGCAGCCUCAGGUAUUCCUUGUGAGCAAAAGAGCUGAGUAUGAGCUAUGCCAUGUGAGUCCUGAAAAGAUAGAGUGAUGGGUAUCCGUUUGCCGUCCAAGAUUCAUAAUGCCAAGCAGAUUCUGAAACUGCAGUCACUUCUUAGUAGAAACCAGUCCAGUGUGCCAAAAGGCCAUUGUGCGGUAUAUGUGGGAGAAAUCCAGAAGAAGAGAUUUGUGGUUCCGAUAUCUUAUUUGAAUCAUCCUGCCUUUCAAGAUUUGUUGCAUCUGGCGGAGGAAGAGUUUGGGUUUGAUCAUCCAAUGGGUGGUCUCACGAUUCCAUGCGAAGAAGAUGCCUUCAUUGAUCUCACUUCUCGAUUGAAUGCGAUGUGAGUGAUGUAAAACUAAGAGCAGCCUCUGCAAUUUUGACUUUUCUUUUUCUUCUUCCUCUGUUUCUUUUCCCAUUGGGUUAUGAGAGUUGCAUAAGGCCAUGUAUAAAAAAUUUCUUUCGCCAUGUAAAUGAGAAGUGCAGAGCAAUCCUCUGCUCACUUCUCAACUCUGUAAUUCAUCCAGAUGAUCUUAAUUCUUUUCUGAUAUUCUCCCCAAA